AUGGAUGAUAUUCAAGUCCCACCGCUUCGUGCUUUCAAAGACUUUUUGGGUGAAUCUGCUCGGUUUCAGACACCUGCUUUUAACGAUCUAAUGAGAUGGAAUAAUAGGGUUGUCAACAAUCUUCUAUACUACCAGACAAAUUAUUUUCUUGUUACAGUGGUUAUGUUUUUAAUCGUUGGCUGUUUACAUCCAGUCAAAAUGUUGAUUGGUAUUGUAGCUGUAAUAGCAGCCUUCAUGGGAUUUAUUAUGGCCACAGAGAAUAAACGACAAAUGAAGAAUUUUAAACAAGCUCAUCCAUUGAUAUGUGUACUUGCAAUAUUGGCCAUUGGUUACUUCAUUGUUUAUGUGUUUGGAGGACUGCUGGUAUUCAUAUGGGGCAUAGCAUUGCCAUUAGCAGUUAUUUUCCUGCAUGCUUCAUUCAAACUUCGAAAUAUUAAGAACAAAGUGAGUUAUGGAGCAAAAUCAUUUGGAUUGAAGAGAACGCCUAUGGGUGUGCUGCUUACUGCACUAGGACAAGAGCAAGAAGCCAGGUCUUGAAAAGUAGCCAGAGGGAUAUUAAAAAAGUAUUUUGGGUCACAUCAUCUCUAACAUGGAUCAGUGAUGACCUUACUGGCCUUUUUACAAUCAGGCUUCAACUUGAUUUCCAUCCCCCAUGCCUCUGCACUCCUGUGACCUUUGACUCAUGUGUACUUUUAUUUCGCGCCACUGCCUCUUUUAUAGUAAUUUAUUCUGGAAUCCUCCUGACAUAAUGUGAC